UUUUCAAAGGAACAAACAGGAGGGAGAUUGAGCAAGAGUACGUGGUAUUUCCUUAAUUUCCUGUGAUUCUAGAAGUUUAGCAGCCAUGGAUCAGAACGGUGAAAUGAAGAUGAAGGAGCUCAUUUACACAAACUACGCCGCAGAGGUGAAGAAAGAGCUAAUGCAGGAUUUGGAUGACAUUUUCCAUGAAAUGAGUGCUGAACUCUUUCUUCCACUCACGGAUAUUCCAGUACAGGGGGGUAAUCUUAUAGAUACGGAGGAUUUGUUCAAAAAAUUCAAAGACAUUGCCCGGAGGAGAACUCUUGAGAAUUACAGUAAAAUGUGGGAUUCUAAUGGGCUUCCCGAGUGUUUGGCUGCUCUCCAGUGUCUCCGGGAGGAGGCUUCUGAUAAAUCCCGUGAGCAAUGGAGACCAACGGGGAAAACAGCUCGUGAGCAAAUUCGUCCUCUAAUCAUGAAGACUAUGCAGAAGAAAUGCGAGUACCUGGAUAAACAGAUAGAGUUCCAGGAGAAUCUCUUGAGCACCCAAGCUCCCAAGCUCAUUGAAAUUCAGGAGGCAACAUCCCAGAUUCAGGAAAAUCGCAAAUUUCUCAUGGAUAUGACCAAAGUUCAUCAGGAUGCAUUCAAAGAAGCAGAGGCACUCUGCGAAAUUGCCGAAAAGGCCAAUGAAAUGAUCAAUACAAUGCGAGAAUAGAGGUUUAUUUGAUUGUUUUCUAAUAAUAUACAUUUUUUGUCUCAAUUA